AGCGUAUGAUUUUAGUUUUAAAGAAGGGGUAGAACCGUCGAAAGAAGAAAUAGAGAGGAAAGAGAAACGAUGACGACUCGAAUCGCUCCGGGCGUCGGAGCCAACUUGCUAGGCCAACACUCCGCCGAGAGGAACCAGGAUGCCACUGCUUACGUCGGCAAUCUCGAUCCUCAGGUAACCGAGGAGUUACUGUGGGAGUUGUUUGUUCAAGCGGGCCCUGUUGUUAAUGUAUAUGUUCCCAAAGAUAGAGUGACAAAUCUGCACCAAGGAUAUGGAUUUGUAGAAUUUCGAAGUGAAGAGGAUGCUGAUUAUGCAAUUAAGGUUCUGAAUAUGAUUAAACUUUAUGGGAAGCCAAUACGUGUAAAUAAGGCAUCUCAAGAUAAAAAGAGCUUGGAUGUUGGAGCAAACCUUUUUGUUGGAAACCUUGAUCCUGAUGUGGAUGAGAAACUUCUGUAUGAUACUUUCAGUGCAUUUGGAGUCAUUGUCACAAAUCCUAAGAUAAUGAGAGAUCCUGAUACAGGAAAUUCUCGUGGUUUUGGUUUCGUUAGCUAUGACUCUUUUGAGGCAUCUGAUGCAGCUAUUGAGGCAAUGAAUGGUCAAUAUCUCUGCAACCGGCAGAUAACAGUGUCCUAUGCAUACAAGAAAGACACUAAAGGGGAGCGGCAUGGUACCCCAGCAGAAAGGGUUUUGGCUGCAAGCAAUCCAAGUGCUCCAAAGAGCAGGCCCCACACCUUGUUUGCGAGCGGACCUCCUACACUUCCCAACGUUCCUCAGGCCAAUGGUAACAUGGGUGCUCCAAUGCCGCCACGUCCCUUUGCAAAUGGUGUUGUUCCUCCGGUCCCAAUUCCCGCAAUGCGCCCCCCACCCCCACAAAGUGGAGCCUACCCACCCAUGCAGCUAGCUGGACCACCAUCUUGGCAAGGGCAGCCUCAGCAACCGGGUCAACCAAUGCAACCACCUAUGAUGCCUCCGCCCCCACUUCAGCAGUUCAGGCCGCCUCCCCCGAACAUGCCACCACCCCCUCAACAGGUAAUGCCAGCUCUCUCAAGACCUCCUCCACCACCAGCAUUAAUGGGGGGCCCUCCCCCUGUUUGGCGGCCACCCCCACCCCCUCAGCAAAUGGCUGGGAGGCCCCCUACUAUGCUUCAGAUGUCAAUGCCGCCACCUCCACCACCUCCUGCAGCAGGUUGAAGAGAAGUUGAAAACCCGAUAAAUGUUGCAAAAGUAGUUAUUUUGUCAAAUGCUUCUAUGUAAGACUAUUUCUUACCUACUUAGGAUUAUAUAGAAAUCGCAGUAGGGACAAUCUUUGAUCCUUAGUAUUGACAACCAUCUAAAGGUGAUGGGAGAGGAAAAUCUUUUGAGUUCUGUGAUUUUGAUAAAACUGGAGAUGAUUCAGUAAAAGCAAGUCAUGAGAAUGUUCUGUUACUGCGGCCCAACCAGAAGCUUUAAUCACCUGAGUUUUGAAUUUUGGAUUUCAUACCAAGUGUGAUCCAUUCCUGCAGUGUGGUCUAUGAGGGUUUGAGAAGGGCUUUCUUUAUUCUGAUUAAAUCUCAUUUCCUUGUAUGGAACUUGGAA